GAGCGCUCAGAACCUCCCGCGCUUGCUCAAUCACUCACUGCUCCUACUGCAGUGGCAGCCUCCCUCCGCUCUGUCCUCCUCUCUCUGGCACACACAAUGCGGCUCCGCAGCGCACACAGCCUGGGCUCUUGCUCUCCUCAUUCAUCACCGAAGGAGUAAUGGAGAGGACCACCAUGUAGACAGUCUGCAGCCAGAGACAGAAGAGAGAAGCCAGAAGCUGCAGAAUGGAACCAUAACCUUUGGAGCGGCUCCUGAUUGCUGCCAUGACAAGAAGCGCACCGAGAACAGAAGGGAUGUUAUUAUCGUGUGGACGGUACUACGCUCCUCUCGCUGGUCUAACUUGCUUCUCUUAGUGUUCUCCUGGAUGGUCAUGUGGUUAUACGGUAUUUUCUCCAUGUCGCUCACUUAUUAACGGAACUGUCUGUGUCUCAAACCGAUGAUUUAGAUGUUGCUCCCUCUGUCAGUCCGCGGAUGUUGCAGCAUCGUGGCUCUUUCUCUCUCUCUCUGACCUAGAGAUCUAUCGUUUGGUUUCGCCGGUAUCACCGGGCACAUUCCAGUGUCGUUCAUCCCACUCUCUCUCUCUGUCUCUCUCUCUCUCUCUUUCUGUCUCUCUCUCUCUCUCUCUCUCUCUCUCCCUUUCUUCAUUUUGAGAAUCCCUCUUUCUCUCAACCUACACGACUCAUAGAGUUUUGUUUGUGCGUCAAGAUACUGAGCAGCUAGUCAGUCACCAUGGGGGACCUGACGAACAGUGGUUAUUACGGUAAGAACCAAGGGAACGAUGUCAGCAGUAACCACGAGGGGGGCUUCGGGGUCUCGGUCAUGGAGCUACGCGACCUCAUGGAGCUGAGAGGCAGCGAGGCGGUGGUUAAGAUCCAGGAGGACUACGGGGACAUGGACGGGCUCUGUCAACGGCUCAGAACAUCACCCACAGAAGGCUUAACGGGAGAUGACCUCGAUAAGAGGAAAGAAGUGUAUGGUGAAAACCUGAUACCUCCGAAGAAGCCAAAGACCUUUCUCCAGUUAGUAUGGGAAGCCCUGCAGGACGUGACUCUGAUCAUCCUGGAGGUGGCCGCUUUGAUCUCUCUGGGACUGUCCUUCUAUCAGCCUCCGGGAGGGGACAGCGGAGAGUCCUGUGGGACAGCGGCAGCGGGUGCCGAGGACGAGGGUGAGGCUGAAGCCGGCUGGAUAGAGGGAGCGGCCAUCUUGCUGUCUGUAGUGUGUGUGGUGCUGGUGACGGCCUUCAACGACUGGAGCAAGGAGAAGCAGUUCAGAGGGCUGCAGAGCCGCAUCGAGCAGGAGCAGAAGUUCCAGGUGGUCAGAGGUGCUCAGGUCAUCCAGCUCCCGGUAGCUGACAUCGUGGUCGGGGACAUCGCACAAAUCAAGUAUGGUGACCUGCUUCCAGCGGAUGGAGUGUUGAUACAGGGGAACGAUCUGAAGAUAGACGAGAGUUCACUAACAGGAGAGUCGGAUCACGUCAAGAAAGACGCUGAUAAGGACCCCAUGCUGCUGUCUGGUACCCAUGUGAUGGAGGGUUCAGGCAGGAUGCUGGUAACAGCUGUGGGGGUCAACUCUCAGACUGGCAUCAUCUUCACACUGCUGGGGGCCGGAGAACCUGUAGAGGAGGAGAAGAAGGAGAAGAAAGGUAAAAUACAGGAUGGCAAUAUGGAGAACAACCAGACUAAAGUCAAGAAGCAGGACGGAGCGGCUGCCAUGGAGAUGCAGCCUCUGAAGAGCGCCGAGGGAGGAGAGAUGGAGGAGAAGGAGAAGAAGAAAGCAAAUGUCUCCAAGAAGGAGAAGUCUGUCCUCCAGGGGAAACUGACCAAGCUGGCUGUUCAGAUCGGCAAAGCAGGUCUGGUGAUGUCAGCCAUCACAGUGAUCAUCCUGGUGCUGUACUUUGCUGUGGACAACUUUGUCCUGCAGAAGAGGCCGUGGCUGACGGAGUGCACUCCCAUCUACGUACAAUACUUUGUCAAGUUCUUCAUCAUCGGCGUCACCGUGCUGGUGGUGGCUGUACCCGAGGGGCUGCCCCUGGCCGUCACCAUCUCCCUGGCCUACUCUGUCAAGAAAAUGAUGAAGGAUAAUAACCUGGUGCGUCACCUGGAUGCGUGUGAGACGAUGGGGAACGCCACGGCCAUCUGCUCCGACAAGACCGGCACUCUGACCACCAACCGCAUGACGGCCGUAGCGUGCUACGUGGGAGACGUCCACUACAAGGAGAUACCAGACCCCGGAGCGCUGACGGCCAAGUCUCUGGACAUACUGGUCAAUGCCAUAUCCCUCAACAGCGCCUACACCACCAAGAUACUGCCUGCCACCAAGGAGGGUGGUCUGCCCAUGCAAGUGGGCAACAAGACAGAGUGUGGUCUGCUUGGCCUGGUGCUGGACCUGAAGAGAGACUAUCAGCCCAUCCGCAACCAGAUCCCAGAGGAGAAACUCUACAAGGUGUACACCUUCAACUCGGCCAGGAAGUCCAUGUCCACUGUCAUCAAACUAUCAGACGGCAGCUUCAGGAUGUACAGCAAGGGAGCCUCUGAGAUCGUCCUGAAGAAAUGCACUAAGAUCCUGAACCAGGAAGGCGAGCCACGGGUGUUCCGUCCCCGAGAUAAGGACGAGAUGGUGAAGAAGGUGAUCGAGCCGAUGGCGUGUGACGGGUUGCGGACCAUCUGCGUGGCGUACCGUGACUUCCCUGCCGACCCAGAACCACUCUGGGACAACGAGAACGACAUUCUCAAUGAGCUGACGGCCGUCUGUGUGGUCGGGAUAGAGGACCCUGUCAGACCAGAGGUACCAGAUGCCAUUAUAAGGUGCCAGCGUGCAGGCAUCACGGUGCGUAUGGUGACAGGUGACAACAUCAACACGGCCAGGGCCAUCGCCAUCAAGUGUGGCAUCAUCCACCCUGGAGAAGACUUCCUGUGUAUCGACGGCAAGGAGUUCAACAGAAGGAUCCGCAACGAGAAGGGAGAGGUUGAGCAGGAGCGCAUGGACAAGGUGUGGCCUAAACUGCGAGUCCUGGCUAGAUCCUCCCCUACUGAUAAACACACACUGGUCAAAGGCAUCAUAGACAGCUGCUUGACAGACCAGAGACAGGUGGUGGCGGUGACAGGAGACGGGACUAACGAUGGACCAGCCCUGAAGAAGGCUGACGUGGGCUUUGCCAUGGGUAUAGCCGGUACAGACGUGGCCAAGGAGGCGUCUGACAUCAUAUUAACGGACGAUAACUUCAGCAGCAUAGUGAAGGCUGUGAUGUGGGGGAGGAAUGUCUACGACAGCAUCUCCAAGUUCCUCCAGUUCCAGCUGACUGUCAACGUGGUGGCUGUCAUAGUGGCCUUCACUGGGGCCUGCAUCACACAGGAUUCUCCUCUGAAGGCGGUCCAGAUGCUGUGGGUGAACUUGAUAAUGGACACCUUUGCGUCCCUGGCCCUGGCGACCGAACCCCCCACCGAGGCCCUGCUGAAGAGGAAGCCGUACGGCCGCAACAAACCGCUGAUCUCCAGCACCAUGACCAAGAACAUCCUGGGACACGGCAUCUACCAGCUGGUCAUCAUAUUCUCCCUGCUGUUCGUUGGUGAGCAGAUCUUUGACAUAGACAGUGGUCGUCACGCUCCGCUCCACUCCCCUCCGUCAGAACACUACACCAUAAUUUUCAACACCUUCGUCCUCAUGCAGCUUUUCAAUGAGAUCAACGCCAGGAAGAUCCACGGAGAGAGGAACGUCUUUGACGGAAUAUUCAGGAACCCCAUCUUCUGUUCCAUCGUCUUUGGAACAUUCGCCAUCCAGAUUGUGAUCGUACAGUUUGGAGGGAAGCCGUUCAGUUGUACUCCUCUGGAUUUGGAGAAGUGGGGCUGGUGUACCUUCCUUGGACUGGGAGAGUUAGUCUGGGGACAGGUGAUCGCCACCAUCCCUAACAGCAAGCUACGGUUCCUGCGAGGGGCAGGCCAGCUGACCAAGAAGAACGAGAUGCCUGGGGACGAAGACAUGAACGAGGACAACGAGGAGAUCGACCACGCGGAGAGAGAGCUGAGACGCGGACAGGUCCUCUGGUUCAGGGGGCUCAACCGCAUUCAGACUCAGAUCGAUGUGGUGAACACGUUCAAGAGCGGCAGCUCCUAUCAGGGCCAGCUACGGAGACAGUCCUCCACCACCAGUCAGAACCAGGAUAUCCGCGUCGUGAACGCAUUUCGUAGCUCUCUCUACGAAGGCCUGGAGAAACCAGACUCCAGACCGUCCAUCCAUAACUUCAUGACCCAACCAGAGUUUAGGAUAGAGGACUCCACUCCCCACAUCCCCCUGAUUGAUGACACUGACUUAGAGGAGGACCCAUCGCUGAGGAAGACCCCCCAGGCAGGCAGCCAGCCCCAGUCCCCCAACAAGAACAACAAUGCCGUCGACAGCGGCAUCAACCUCACCGUCGACACCACCAGUAAGUCGGCUGCAUCCUCCAGCCCAUCCAGCCCACUGCACAGUCUGGAGACCUCCCUCUAGUGGCCUGCAGCAGGCUGGUGGAGACCUCCCUCUAGUGGCCUGCAGCUGGCUGGUGGAGACCUCUGCAGCUUUGGAGAUGUCCCUCUGGCAGAGCAGUAUCCCUCUGACAGCUCCCACUGCAAUCUGGAAACCUUCUUCUUCAAGCCUUGUAGAGAACUUACCUACUACAGCCUUGUGGCUCCCACACUGCAGUUUGGAGACUUCCGUCUUGCAGUCUCAUGGAGACCUCAUUGGUCUGCAGUUUGGAGACCUUCGUCUAGCCCCUGCUGUCUCCUGUUGUCUCCUGCUGCCUCCUGCCGUCUCCUGUUGCCUCCUGAUGUCUCCUGCGGCCUGCUGAUGUCUCCUGCUGCCUCCUGGUGUCUCCUGCUGCCUCCUGGUGUCUCCUGCUGCCUCCUGAUGUCUCCUGCUGCCUCCUGGUGUCUCCUGCUGCCUCCUGUUGUUUCCUGUUGCCUCCUGCCGUCUCCUGCUGCCUCCUGAUGUCUCCUGCUGCCUGCUGCUGCCUCCUGAUGUCUCCUGCUGUACCUGGAGAAAGCAUACUACUACAGCUAUACAAUCAGAAAGGGCAACAAAGCCAACGCACAAGACAUGAACGUGUGUGUGUGUGUGCGUGCGUGUGUGCGUGUGUGUGUGUGCGCAUGCGCACAGACUGACUGACUGACUGAACCAUGUUUCUAAGCAUCAGUAAAGCAGAGGACCAGAAAGACCUGGGAAGAAUGAAAACCAGUCUAACCUAACCUUACUCCACAAUAACAAUGACUAUAUCUAAACCUAACCUUACUCCACAAUAACAAUGACUAUAUCUAAACCUAACCUUACUCCACAAUAACAAUGACUAUAUUGAUAAUAGUUUUGAAUGACAUAAAAACAUUUCUAUCGCUCCUGCAUGAAUGUACAUUACCCAACGUUUUUUUAUUUUCAAUUGUUUUCAAAACAUUUUUGAAUGAUUUGAUUGGGUGGGAAGUGCUGUGGAUUGCUACUUUAAAGACAGCUUAUCGGAUCCCCCGGUCUGUGAGUUCCCUGUGUGGCAUGUGCUUACGUGUAAAGAUGUAUUUAUUUAAUAAAUGAGAUCAAGUUUUGUAGGGCUCAACUUGCACAGUAGAUUUGCACCUGUUGGAAAAGAGGAACCCAUAAAUAAAUAGCAUUUCUUAAAGAUAGUAUAUAUAAAUAUAUGUAAAGAGUUUAUCUUUGUUUGUUGGCAUGUUGCCUUGUUUCUUCUUUAAAUGGUUCUAACUAUUUUAACUUAUUUAUGUCCUAAAGAGAAUGUCAUUUGUUUACAACACCUGUAGGUACUUCCUGGUUCAUUUGUAGGGUUUCAAACCAUUCAGCAGAUGUAGUUGAGGAAACUCAACUCAAGUUGCUUUGAGUUUUGCUCGUUGGUGUUUAUAACAUACUGUGUACUGAACUUGCCUGCUAUCUUGUCAAAUAUUGUAGAUAAUUUUAGAGGAUAACAAAAGAAAACCAAAAUAUAACGGUAUAUAUAUAUAUAUAUUCAUGUUGCAUUGUAUUAUUAUGUGAUUGUUAGGAUGAACUCUGAACGGCUUCCUUCGUUUCCACAUGAAGAUCUGAAUAAGACGAAGGUUUAUUUCUUUAAUUACUAUUUCUCUUAUUUUUGUUAUUUUCGUUCAAAAGCUUAAAAUGUAACUGGAGUUGAGACUGAGAGGGUGAACAGGCCUUCUAUAACAGACAUGUCUUCUAUAUAAAAUCUGCUUGUUUUAAGGAAAAUGUUUGACCGUGAAAGACUGCAAUGGAUUUAUAUUAGAAAUGGCAAACUAAGUUAUAUUUGUAAAUAUAAUGGCAAACUAAGUUAUUAUAUAUGUAUGGAAAAAUCUAAAAGUUGUUUUAAAAAAAUCUUGUGAUAUAUUGUGUUGAUUAUUUUUAUUUAUUUAUUUAUUGUUUUCCUUCAAAAAGAAAGAAACACACAUCCAAAAUGGUUGAAAUUUUGAACAAAAAAAAGCAACAACAAUUAAAAUGGAAUGAUGCUUUGA